AAAUAUCAGUAGUGAUGGAGCUUCGCGCGCGGUCUCGCAACCGCAGGGCUUAUCACUGCCUAUCGAUAGCGACGGUGCGGUGAGCGGCAGAAGGAACGACACAGUGGUGGAGGAACCCAAGAACGACAGGAGGCGUGGUAACAACGCGCACGCUCCACGUGACCCUGUCGCUUCGGAGGCGGGACUUGGGAACAGGGCAUACAACUACAACAGCAGUGGAACGAGCCGGUGGUCAGCAACGUUCUCUCUGUCGUCGCGCGCGCGAGACACCUCGAGUUGCGCUCGUUGCACGUACAUCUGCCGCACGAUUAGGCACGCACGACGUUCGUUCAUCUGUGACACGUUUCGGCGCGAGCUCUUUUGCGAGAUCGCGAGUUUUCAGCGGUGCUCUCCCCUCGGCACGAAAACUUAGACAAGAUCGACGUGACACGAUUGUUGUGCGGACAUCCCCCCACUCCCCGUCGCGUAUCAUGCUUGGGAAAACUAUAUACGAUGACAGGAACGAUGACAGGUUGAUCGGUGAGUGAGUACGCGGACGGAAGAAUGAGAUUCGCUCGGCCGAAACGCAGGAACGUUCUCAGAAUCAUCGGAAGCGGACAGUCUCGUCAUGAUGUUGGUUCCACAGGAUAUCAUGGGCGGCACUUCGAAAAUGUUGUACCAGAUGAACAAGUACUACACCGAGCGGGUGCAAGUACGCAUGGCCCAGGUGCAGAAGACUAUACGAGAAGUGUGCAAGGUCGUGCAAGACGUGUUGAAGGAGGUCGAGGUGCAAGAGCCGCGUUUCAUCUCGUCGCUGACAGAGUGCAACGGUCGUUACGAGGGCCUCGAGGUGAUCUCACCGGGUGAAUUCGAGGUAGUCCUCUAUCUGAAUCAAAUGGGAGUGUUCAACUUCGUCGACGACGGCACCCUGCCGGGCUGCGCGGUGCUGAAGCUCAGCGACGGACGCAAGAGGUCCAUGUCACUCUGGGUGGAGUUCAUCACCGCGUCUGGUUACUUGUCGGCGCGCAAGAUACGCUCGCGAUUUCAAACUCUGGUAGCGCAGGCUUGCGACAAGUGCAACUACAGGGACUCGGUGAAGAUGAUCGCCGAUACCACCGAGGUGAAACUGCGGAUACGUGAGCGCUACGUCGUGCAAAUCACGCCGGCGUUCAAGUGCUCCGGCGUGUGGCCGCGAUCAGCGGCGCAUUGGCCGAUACCGCACAUCCCGUGGCCGCAUCCCAAUCUGGUGGCCGAAGUGAAGACGGAAGGCUUUGACUUGCUGUCGAAGGAAAGUGUGGCGCUUCAGGGCAAACAAUCGGCCAUGGAGGGCGACGCCUGGGUGUUAUCCUUCACGGAAGCGGAAACCAGGCUGUUGCAGGGCGGCUGCCGCAGGAAAUGUCUGAGCAUACUGAAAACCCUGCGGGACCGGCACCUUGAUCUGCCCGGCAAUCCUGUCACCAGCUAUCACAUGAAGACGUUGCUGUUGCACGAGUGCGAGAAGCAUCCCCUCGAGACUGAGUGGGACGAGAUGUGCUUGGCCGAUCGUAUUAACGGCAUUUUCCUGCAGCUGAUAUCCUGCCUUCAAUGUCGCCGAUGUCCGCACUACUUCCUGCCGAAUCUCGAUCUUUUCAAGGGAAAGUCGCCCAGCGGUCUGGAGAAUGCCGCGAAGCAAGUCUGGAGACUUACGAGGGAGCUACUUACAAACAGCCGCGCGCUGGAAAAGCUUUAGCGUCUUCCUUCCCGAAUUUACCACUAUAGGACGUGUGACACGCCGGAAAUCGCUCGAUGACACGUGUAACGGGACUUUGGGAACAUCGCCGUCGCAUGAUAUUACGCGCUUUUCCGAUACUACACGCGAAACAGUAUUGCAGUUACUGCUAUUACUUAAUACACGCUUGUAUCAAGGGCUUAGGGACGGUGCAUUUGUUACGAAAUGACUUUCGACACGCGAGCCACUUUGAGUCGUACUCGUUUUCCUUUCAGAAGCAAUCGUGAUUUAACGAGCAAUAAUAGUUUUCAAAUGAGUAACCGGGUUUUUAACUUCAUUUGUAACUCUCUUCCCCGGUUCAAGUAGUCGCGUGAAAGUUAAACUGCCUGACGAUGCAGAAUUGACGAAGCUGUAAUGCAAAUUGCAAUACAUACCGAUUGUCCGAUUAGUUCAGUUAAAAUAAAUUAUCUCUUGCGAUUCUUUACUCCGAUGAUAAUUAUUGCGUCUAUUAAUUGCGAUUAUAUCAAAUUGCGAAUAUAAAAAUUACAAUUGCAAUAAGAUACAGCGGAAAAUUUCGAAGAAAAUUAAACAAAUAUAACAAUAAGAUCGUCAUGUGAAAAACGCACCCAGAAUUGGAGCGAGAGAAACUUGUGGUUAUGAGCGAUCAGAAAGCUAAUUGUUAGAUCUAACGAUUAAAAAUAAUAUAACUCCGAUAUCAUCUCUGGAUAAAUUUGCAAGAUACGAUAUCUUUUUUGAAUAUUUUGCAACGUUCCGUACAAAACUUCUGCCAACGAACGUUGACACUUAAAACGUAUAUUUUAAUAAGAUUAAUCCGUGUUUGCACUCUAAGUUACUUGCGAGAGUAUUUAAAAUAUGCAAUAUAUUUUAAUUAACUAUUAAUAUAAUUACAUGUUUAUGAUGAAAAAUGUGAUUUGUUGUCUUUAUUGAUCUGAUAUUUAUAAUCGGUUAGCGGCAAGCUACCGAUGAUAGUUAGAGUACUCAUUGUUACAUGUACAUGUACAUAUUUUUCUUUUAUAUUAUUUAAAUAUUAUUUAUUUUAUUAUUGGGUCACACAUUAUUUGAGAAACAUAAAAUGUAAAUAUUAAAUAAAUAAAUGCAUUUAUCACCUUCAACGAA